GCGCAUGCUCUAAGGUGAUGGAAAUAAUUGUAAACGACGCCCUAUUCGCCAGCUGCAAACAUUACAUCACGUCGGAUCAACAUGGUUUCCACCCGAAACGCUCGAUAACGACUAAUUUAGCCGAGUUCUCUUCGACUUGCUUGCAAAACAUGAGUAACGGUGCUCAAAUAGAUGCAAUAUACACCGAUCUGAAAGCGGCGUUCGAUCGAGUUGACCACAGAUUACUUUUAGCUAAACUUGAAAAACUUGGAGUUUCAUCUGCUCUCGUGCAAUGGUUUGGUUCCUACUUGAUGAAUCGAACACUCUGUGUGAAGAUAGGAAGUGAGUUUUCUGCGCAGUUCACGAAUGUCUCUGGAGUCCCGCUAGGAAUGCAAACUCUUGAGCAGAGACGAUUCGAAGCGCAAGCUGCAUUCCCCAAUAAACAAUUUUGUUGAAUUACAGCUUAUAAAGAUGCUAUUCGGUGGACUUCGGCUGAAUUAAAGCUUAAAAAGCUGUCAUACAACAAAAUUGUUC